AUGGCAGAGCCGAAGCGCGUACUAUUGCUCACAAACUCCGAGCUGGGUCAAGCCAAUGUGUUCUUAGCAGCUACCUAUGAGCUGUUGCAGCUCGAUGCUACAGUUACGAUCUACAUUUGCUCAUUUGCACCACUUGGAAAAUCGGUAUCGUCUAUUCGUGACCUGAACAAUACUGGCACGGCAGAUAGUAGGCUGAAUUUUAUUGAGCUGUCCGGUCCGUCGUGGAAGGAUGCUCUCUUUGGCCGCCCAGAGCACCAGUUUCAAGAACUUUGUGCUAUUCGCCCGACUGUCUGGAACGUCUCUAAAGCCGCCAAGCUCACGCGCAUCGCGUGCCCUUGGACCACUGAUGAGCUUUGCAGCUUGGUAAAACAGCUGGAAAAGAUUAUUCAGGACCUAGAUCCGCAUAUUACCAUUGUGGACAACCUCUUCACUCCAGCAGUCACAGUUUGCUACAAGCUGAAGCCACGGUGGGCCGUUUUAUCUCCAAACACUUACAAGGAGUUUGCGUUGGCCGCUCAGCCGGAUCGCCAGUACUACUGGAAGUACCCUCCCCCGAGAUCAACGAUUCCUUUCCCUGUUCCAUGGUAUCAAAUGCCCCUGGUAUACUACAUGGUGCGCAAAAUGUACCUAAAUCACAAUGAUCCAUUCAUGGGGCAGCAUGCAGAAGGGAUGAAGGCAACCAUAGACACUGAGUAUGCUGACUGGGCUUACAUCUCCAUCGUCCCUCCGGAAGGUUUGAAGAUCCUGCUUGCCACCCGCCCCGAAAUCGACUUCCCUUUUGAUGUGUUGCCCAAACAUAUGAUUCCAUGCGGACCAAUAGUCAGGCCAUCCAUGCCACUGGUAGAUGCAGAUCCUGAGCUGGCAAAGUGGCUGACGAAACGACCGACGAUUCUUGCCAACCUGGGUACUCAUGCAACGUAUGACAAGCAGCACGCCAUGGAAAUGGCCGGAGCUCUAGAUAUUGUACUAAAAGCUGCAGAGAAACUCAACAAGCCUCUUCAAAUAUUGUGGAAGCUCAAUAGGCAGAGCGAUUUUGAUCUGUCUGAUGACACCUUCAAGAGUUUUGGCGUGAAAUGGAACGACUCCGUGCGGGUUACUACAUGGAUAGAUGUUGAGCCUGUGAGCAUUCUUGAAUCUGGAUAUGUCAUUUGCUCCGUGAAUCAUGGAGGCGCGAAUUCCUUCUUUGAAGCUGUGAGUGCCGGCGUGCCACAGAUAAUUCUGCCUGUAUGGGGCGAUACGUACGACUUUGCGAAGCGGGCGGAAUGGCUUGGCAUUGGCAAAUUUGGGAGCCCAAAGCAUGCACCAAAAGUGAACUCAAAAGAGUUAGCAAAAAUCCUAAAGCAAGUCAUUCUGGGACCACAAGCAGCGCAAUUUAGGGAGAAGGCUACUGGUUUUGCCAAGAUCUGCAGGGAAAACGGCGGCGGGAGGCGCAUCGCAGCACAGAAGAUUUUGGAAAUGCUCUAG